AUGGGGGUGCUGCGAGCACUCCGAGGUUUCUUCACUGGCGUGGGUGCCCGGUCUGGCCCUGCGCGUGGUGAGAAUGGUGGCAGUGUGGUCGGGGCCGUCCCUGCGGCCAUCACGACCUUCGCCGCCGUGGUGAUUUCUCUUCUGGACCAGUUGGAAGAUGCUCAGGGCGGCAGAGCAGAGGCCUACCGCCAGCUGGAGAGCGUCUUGUGGGGCGACGAGAGCGACCUGCAGAGCUCUGUCGCAGGCAGAGCCAUAGCACUGGCAGCCCAGGACCUGCGCGUGGCCCAGGACACGACGGCCGCCGUGAGGAUGGCGGCGAGUGACGUCCUGGUGGCGCUGGCCCGCUGGCACCUGCAUGAUGUGGUGUCGGUGCUGCAGGGCCACCUCCAGGCCCUGGAGGAGAUGUCGGUGGAGCUGGUCCUCCACACUCUGCACAACCUGGCCAUCCGCUACGCCCUGCAGUGCGUGCCCUUCGCGGGAAAGACGCUGGCAGCCCUGCGCGGCGUGCUGAGCACAGCGGGGAGCAGCCGGAUGCUGUGCGCCGUCUGUGGCGUUGUGGAGCAGUGGUGCAGCGGGAUCAGCGCAUACCUCCGCCAACGGGAGAAAUGCGACUUCCCUCACCUGGGGGCCGCCCAGCUCUGCGCCCCUGUUUACUCGCUUGGCAAGCAGGCCAUGCUGAGGGCGAUGGCUGUUAUGAUGGGUGUCCUGCUGCACGCGGAGGAGCACCACCAACAUGCCUGGGAGCAGCUUCUCUGGCUGCUGCACCAAUACCGAGAAGUCCAGGACCCCUCAGGGGUGACCAGGAGUCUCAACUAUUUCCUGUGGGCCGUGAUGGAUGUUCAGGCCCAGGUGCCCCGAGCCAAGAUUCUGGCUGUCAUCGCGGCUGUGCACGAGCAGCUCUGCGAUGAGAUGGAGCCGCCCAGCCCAGGGCACCGAGCAGAGUUGUGCCACUGCAUGGUGCUGCAGGCCCGAAUUUGCCCGGAGGAGACCAUCGUGUUCCUGUACUAUAAGCUCAGGACCGGGAACAAGGUCGAUCGCGUGGCAGCCGUGGAAAUGCUGCAAGCUCUUGUCCGCUGUGACGCCCCCGAUGUGAGAGAGAAGCUGCCCCUGUUCACCAAGCUGGUGCAGUCUGUGUGCCACGACCCUGCAGCCCAGGUGAGGAAGGCAGUGCUGCGUUUCCUCGGGGAGCUGCUGCACUCCAGCGCCCCGGGCUGCUCGGCGUGGGACGUGGUGGGGCACCUCUUCGGCGAGUUCAGCCGGGCCUCGGGCAGACUGGCAACAGGAAAACUUUCGGUGGUGGAAGUGUGGGAAGAGAGGACUGUUCAGCGCCUCUGCGCCCACGUCCUGGGCUCACUGGACGUAUCUGCCGGAGCGGUGGCCAAGCUCCUGUGGCCGAGGCUGCUGCAGUAUGUGGUGCCAGCUGAGUAUACGGGCAUGCUGGUCCCGCUGUGCCGCUGCCUGCGUGCCCUGGCCGAGAGAGCAGAGAGAACAGAGGGCGAGGAAGAGAAGGCGGCGCCCGAGGCCCUGAAGCCUGCAGAGCCAGCCCCUCUGCCGGCUCCCCAAGCCCUGCUGGCUCGUCUGCUGGUGAGUACCGGGGCCCCCGGGGAAGGAGCUUCUGUGGCCGGGGUGAGGGGAGAGCCCGGAGAGAUGGUGCUGCAGCUGGUGCUGGGCACCCCGGGAGGAGGAGGCAGGAGCAUGGUGGUGGCAGCUGUGGCUCCACACACAGGCGGUGGCCAUGGAGCCGCAGCCCUGCAGCUGCUGCAGGUGCUCUGUGGCACGAUCCACAGAGCCGUGGGGGCGAACUGGGCCACAGAGAUCCCCCUGCUGCUGCAGCACCUGGCAGGAACAACCGCCGGCUUCCUGGACAGGGCCGAGUGGGACAGCCUCCUGCUGAAGUUCCUGCGAGCGUCGCUGGAGGUCAUCGCCAGCGAGGCCUGGACCGUGGAGCUGAGCCGGGAGCUGAGCCGGCAGCUGGGUGGCUCUCCCCGCCUGUCCUGGGAGAAGGUCUGUGCCCUGGCGGCGGCGCGCCCCGAGGGCUGCAGCGGCAGAGCCUGGGAGGCUCAGGCCGGGGCGAGGGCUGGCGGCGGUGAUCUGCCACAGCUCACCGUGGCCGGGGCCCGGCCUCUCCUCUUGCAGCGGUUCCUCUACAAGGCUCUCGGCACGGCCCUGGCAGCUUGUGGGUGUCUGCGCCACGUGCGAGAGCAGACCCUGCAACAUCUGGAAGCAACCAACUUCCUGGAGCUGUGGGAGGCACAGGGAAUCGUUUCGGUUGUGUCCCGCUGCGCCGAGAGCCACUUCCAGCUGGCAUUGUCCUCAGUGCAGCAAUUCACGGGGACCUUGAAACACCGGAAGCAGAGCCACGCACUGAGGAACCGCGCUGCUCGUGCGACGCUCAUGGUGAUCUACGGCCGGAUGGCGCUGCGCGCCCCCAGGGAGCAGCUGCUCACCCACGUGGAGAGAGACAUCGUGGGGAACGUCCUGCAGCUCUACCGAGAGGGCUGCCAGGACGCGCAGCUGAAGCUCUCCCUGGUGCAGAGCGUAACUGAGAUCAGCCUUGCCAUCCAGGCUGCAGACGCCGGCCCCAGGUUCGAGCUGUGCUGCAAGCGGGAGCUUCUGCAGAUGCUGCUGGAGGUGAUGCAGGAGGAGCCCCAGGAGUCCCCAGUGCAGCCCCGGGCCCUCAUGGCUGUGGAGCAGUUGAGCAAGCUGAAGCCCCGUCUGAGCAGGGAGGAAAAAUGCAGCCUCCUGGCUCAGUGCUGCCGGGGCGUCGUGUGCCUCCGUCACCCAGAGCAGAUGGAGGCGAGAGGGGAGGCGGCAGCGGCUGCUCCAGUGGCACCGGGUGUGCAGGCGCCAUCCCUGCGGGCGCUGGGCCAGCUCAUGAGAACCCUUCUGCGGGAAGAGCCGGCCCCCAUCUGCUUCGAGGACGUGGUACAGGUCCUGCGGCACUGGCUCGCCUCAGCCGAGGAGUGCGAGCGGGAGAGGGCCCUGCAGGUGUGCGUUCAGCUGCUGGGUGCUCAUGAGGAGCAACGCGAGCAUGGGCGAGGCCGCGCCUGCGAGCAGUUCGGCUCCCUGGCGGGACUACUGGGGCCUCUGACCUGUGAUGCCUCAGCUGCGUCCCGCUGGCGGGCAGCCACCUGCCUCGGCCACCUGCUCCAAAUCGGAGCUGAGACCACGGACGUGGCGCCAUGCACUAACGAGAUCGGGUACCUGCGGGAGAGGCUCAACGCCGUCGCCCCCGACUCUCUGCUGGCCACCUCCACCAACAUCGCAAAGCUGGUUUGCAAGCAUGUCCCCCAGGGCCAGGCUGCAGACUUCAUGGACACUGUCAUGGAGAGCCUGCAGUGCACCAGGCCCGUGCGCGCGUGGGCUGCUGGGCGGUGGGCACUCACCUUCCUGGGGGACUGCGGAGAGCAAAUAUUCCAGGAGGAGGUACCUGAACUCGUCACCAUCCUCUGCACCUGCCUGCAGAGCACCCAGCAGAGCACCCGCAGGUGCUUUGUGCUGCGAGCGAUGUUCAUCCUGGCCCGCUGCCACCAGGAACCGGUGAUUGACAGUCUCCUCCAGAGGUGUCUGCCCAUGGACAGCAACACAGUGGAAGUGUGGAGGAGCCUAGGGAGAAGCGCUCUGGGAUACCCAAUCCUGGAGCGCUUAACUGAAAAGUUAAGGGCAGCCGGAGACAGCAGCCAGGGGAGCGAGUGCUGCGCUCGGGAGCUGGGCAGCAGCCAGGCUGCCCUGGAGCCUCACACGAUCAUCCGCGCCCUCUGUGAGAUGGUGUCAGUGCUGCAGAGCGAGGGGCUGGUCCAGCACCUGCUUCCUGACCUGCUUCCCAGCCUCCUGGGGCAGGUCAGUGAGACGCUGCGGGAGGAGAUGGAACCGUCCCUCAGGGAGCCCGAGAGCUCCGACACGUCAGGCAGGCUGUUUGUGGAGGUGCUGGAGCUGGUGCUCUCCAAGUGCCUGGAGGAGCGGUGGCUUCGGCUGCUCCGGGAGCAGGGAGCAUGGGCGUCCCUGGCCGAGCCCCAGGCUCACAGCGCUGGCGUGUGUCUUCUGGCGAGCGUGCUGCUCCGCGCGGAGCUUGUCCCACCGCGCCUGCUGCAGAACCUCUCCACCUGGCUGGACUCGUGCUCAGCAAACCUGCGGCUCACGGCCACAGCUUUCUUUGCUGAGGUGAGGCAGCGCUGA